GUGGAGGGGGUUGGGGUGUUGGGCUUUAGGGAUGUUGAGGCGCAACUAUCUUCAAAUUUGGAACCAACAAAUCCAACAGCAUUAAUUCUUCUUCCUAUUGUUCCAAACAAGAGGUAGAUACACAAAUACCCAUUUUUGUCUAUUGAAUUUUGAUUUCUACCUUUUGAGCAUGCUAAGACCUUUUCUUAGGUGGUCUACAUUCCACACCAAGAUUGUCAAUACCCAGUGUAGGGGAGGUUUUAAGGUGAUCAUUUUUUUCUUUCUUUUUUUUGGAGUAUUUCUGUCAUUAUGAAGUGGAAACUUGAAGUAUAUAUUUGAGGUAACCUUUUCUAUAUAGAUAUCUAUUACUUUCGAGGGACAAUCACCACCCGUCCUCUUUGAAACUUCAGCUGGAAGAUGAACAAUUGAACUUUGAUUAACUGGGUCUCAAGAGUUGACCGAGACGAGAGAUUUUUUCACUCUCCAAAAUAUAUAUAUCCUUUUUUUGGCUCUACACUUCCAACAAUCACAUUUGGGUGCAUCAUUUUAUAAUAGUCAUUGGUUAAAUUAUGUAUCAACGAAUCAUUUUCUUACCAAAUUAGCAAUCAAUGGAUCUAGUUUCUAACCAAAUGCUCAAUAGUUCAGAGGUUGAUAUUUUUGGUUCUAUACAUUCAUGUGAUGCGGAAUUGUUGGUAAUGGUGAUGGCGGUGAAAUGAUGAUAAAGUUCAUGUUAUGUGGGUGCACUUUGUCAAGCACCAAACAGUUAUUUUACCAAUUGCAUUGCCAACUUUUUAACUUCAGUGAACUAUGUAUAUUAUGAGCAUUUUCUCAUCGAGGCACAUGGAAUCAUCUUUCAUAAUUGUGAAUUUUGUGUAUCACAUUUCUAGUCUUACCCGUUCACUUUAAGCUUGUACUAUGUGCCUUUAUUCAGCUACUUUUUUCCUUGUCAGCUUACACUAUGCUUGAUAAAAUGUUGUUGCAUGCCUUUUAUACCUAUUGGUCUAAUCAAUAAGUUAUCCUUUAUAGUUGAUAUAGCCGGUGAAGAUUUUGCAAAUAAACUUGAUGAAGGGCAUAAAGUCACAUGUCCAUGGAGAGGGAAUAGCUGUGCAGAAAGCUUGGUCCAAUUCCCCCCCACUCCUCCUUCUGCUCUAGUUGGGGGUUUUAAGGAUCGUUCAGACGGAUUACUUCAGUUCACUUCUCUCCCUAUAGUGGCUGCAUCUGCAAUUGAGCAUAUGCGAGUUUCUAGAGGUUCAGAAAUUGACAGUUUUCUAGCUCAGUCACAAGCUCUUGGAAGUGCUGAAACUUUCUUUAGGCCAGAGGUUGUGUCCGGAGCUGAAAACUCCAGUGAUGUUUUCCUCAUAUACUCUCGUGCCCAGAAGCUAAUAAGCCUAUGUGGUUGGGAGCCAAGGUGGCUUCCAAAUGUCCAAGACUGUGAAGAGUAUUCUGCUCAGUCAGCUAGGAAUGGAUGUUCAACAAGUCCAACACAAUAUUGUGCUCCUUUACCAGAUUCUGGCCGUGGAAAGAUGGUGCUGUUUUGUUCAAAGAAAAAUGACACUUUUAAAACCGAAGUUUCUUGUCCCAUUUCAAAAGGCGAAUCUAGGUCACCUUUGUUGGAUUGCAGUUUGUGUGGAGCUACAGUGAGAAUCUUGGAUUUUCUUACAGUUUCUCGUCCUGCAUGCUUUGCUCCCAAUAGCAUUGAAAUCCCCGAAACAAGCAAAAAGAUGGGCUUGACACGAGGGGUAAGUGCAGCAAGCGGAAUAAGUGGGUGGAUUGCUACAGAUGGUAUGGAAAAGGAGCAGAUAGAGGAUCAUGAUGAAGCUACAACGGAUGAGAGAAGGCCACUAUCAAAUAAUGGUAUGGACAUUAAUCUUACAAUAGCUGGUGGGCUCUCCUCUUCACAACUACCGGAAAAUUUAGGUUCUGAUCAAUUCCAAGAUGUGCACAAGAGAAGAGGUCCAAUGAUAGGACAGCCUUCUAGCAGUGAGGCUGGUAACCGUGCUGCUUCAUAUGAGUCACGUGGUCCUAGUUCUCACAAGCGCCAUUUAGAGGAACGUGGAAGCACUGCUGACCGCCCACAGUUGAUGUUACAACAAGCUGACAGUGCCGAGGGAACAGUUAUAGACCGUGACGGAGAUGAAGUCAAUGAUGAAAGUCAAUACUUGGCUGGUCCUUCAAAACGCCCCCGUGAGUCAUACCCUCUAGAUAUUAAUUACUCAUCAUAUGGGAAAAGUGCAGUUGGUGCUGCCUCUAUUCUGGCAACUGGUUUUGAGGUUGGAAUAGAUGGUCCAAGAGAUGAUCCUUUCAACCAAGGCCACAACCAGGCAUUUGGUUUACCAGCUAAAAGAGAUUCAACGCGUGUUUCAUCUGUUAUUGCUAUGGACAUAUUUCACAGUGCUGAAGACUCAAUGGAAAGUGUUGAAAAUUUUCCAGGAGAUCUUGGUGAUAUCCAGUUCCCUUCAACAUCGGGUGUAAAAAGCACAGACCCAUUUGAGGUGUCUGAGCUAAACUAUAGCAAUCAAGCACAACAGAGUGUGUGCCCUGCUGUAAUUAGGAGGGUUGGUGAUAUUGGUGGUAGUAGCACAAAUGACGAGGAAGUAUUAAAUGCAGAUACUGCAACUGCUCACACAAGGGAUGCCAUUAGUUUUGGGAUUAGUGCUGGAAGCAUAGGAAUGGGAGCUAGCCAUGAAGCUGAAAUCCAUGGGAUGGAAACUUCUGUGCACAGAACUGAUAGCGUAGUUGGUGAUGUGGAACCAAUUGCUGAAAUAACUGAAAACGAGGGUCAAACUGGUGAAUUUGGUCCUGAUCCUGGCCUUAUGGGUGACUAUGUCCCUGAGGAGAUAGACAUGGAGGACCGUCAUGGUGAUAGUCAAGAUCUAACAUCUCGAUUAGUGGGAAGAGCUGACAGCGGUUCAAAAGUUUUUGGCUCAACCAAGGAAGAAUCCACGGAGAGUGCUGAGAAGCCUAACCAUGGGCAUCCUCUGCCUGAUAAUAGAGCACAUCCAUCUUUUUCUCAGAAUGCUAUUAUAUUGUCUGUCUACGAGACAUCAAAGGAAGAAGUUAACCAGGCUGCCAAUGCAGUGGCUACUGAAGAUGGUGGACUUGUGGUGGAGUCAGGCUUUUUAUUUUCCAAGGGGGGAGGUCCUCCCAACGGAGAAAGUGGAUAUAAAGAAGCUGUUGAAUUUGAUCCUGUUAACCACCAUAACCCCUUCUGCCCUUGGGUCAAUGGAAAUGUUGCGGCAGCAGGCUGUACCAGUAGUGGUGGUUCCAGCUCUAGUGCUGGUGCUCUUGCUCUUUGCGGUUGGCAACUAACUUUAGAUGCUUUGGAUUCCUUAUCAAUCGGAAACAUUCCUGUGCAAACUGUGGAAUCUGAAUCUGCCGCUUCGCUGUAUAAGGAUGAUCAUCGAUCUGCUGGUAAAAGAAUCUUGCCUCGAAACUCAUUUAGCAAAAGCCGUGGGGGGGAUUAACUGAAAAGUCCAAGAUUGUAUAGGUCAAUGACCCGGUGUUUCCUUCCCUUGUGGUGUUCCAAUGACGAGGAGGUGCUGUUGCCCGUUUGUGGAGUGACGGAGAUGAAUUUGUAGGCGCAGCAACUCCUAGUGACUGCAAUUCCUUGCUCAGUUUAAUUUUAUAAGUAGUAAAAUAAGUAGUGUGAUAACUACUCACUCUCCUAGCAUGGCUUUGCCAAUAUAGGUUGAGAGAAUUGCCAACAAGAUGGGAUUAUAUUUUAUUAUGGUAUUUAAUAGGAACGUUACAGAGCCCCUUGUUUAUUCAGAGUGUUGGAAUGGAAUUCCUCUUCUUCUCAUAACAGAAACAAAUAAGUAUACGGUAGGAUUGUUGGGCUGAAGACGAGAUCGCCUCACUUGUAUGAAUUCUAGUGCUGCACACAUACUUCCGUAGUGUCUUUUUAAUUUAUACUUGGCUUCAACGAGUGUAACAUUUAUUUUUCAGUAUGAUUCAAAACAGUGUCGUGU